AUGGACCUCCUCCCGCCCCCCUCCCCGUAUCCACCCUUGUUCGAGCUAAUUGUCCCCUGUGUUUUCAUCCUGGUCAUUCUGAUCUUCAAACAGGAAUUGGAGUAUUCAGAGACAUAUUAUGGGCAGAAGUAUGAUCAAUUCAUCAGCUACAAAAUACUGGAUGGUGCUUAUCACGACGGGUAUAAGUUUGUGCCUGAUUAUUAUGAUCCCUUUGCUUUCGCUCCGAACACAUCAGAGACUCGAGCAGUUAUGGACACGCUGAUCUCCACCCUCAAUGCCAUCGAAGAUAAAGGAUAUGAUAUCCCAGCUCCUCUGGGCUACGACAGCGAGAACGCCUUGGUUGAUGCCUACAAUCUUGACUGUCAAUAUACGUAUGAAUCAUCAUGGAUUCACUUCCACUUAUCGACCGUUGGCGAAUCUAUUUGGCAGACCAGGAACUUGUCAAGACCUGAACCCCCGUCUGACCCCCCGAGGAUUCGGUAUUGUAACACAAAUCAGUACUUAAUCACCGGUUUUGCUGCCAUUCAAAUUGGUUUACAGCACGCUGUAGCUUCGGUUGUGACAGGAGAGACCCUUCCAGUGCCUGAUUUUUGGGUCCGGAUGUUGCCAACGGAAGGAGUAAAAGUCUCAAGCACCUCUUACGUUGAUAUUAUCAACGUCUUUUUCUACGUCCUCAUGUACGCCAUCUUCAUCACCGUACUGAUGACCAAUCUUGUGUAUGAGAAAGAGAAGAAGAUCAAGGAGACAAUGCUGAUGAUGGGAAUGUCCAACGCUGCCUUCUGGCUAGCCUGGUUCAUCAUCUAUUCCGUCAUCUUGUUGCUUGUUUCUCUUGUCAUUACCGUCCUGAGUAAAUAUGCCUUGAAGACGACCGAAAACAGUGACUUCUUUCUCAUCUUCCUCGUCCUGUUCUUCUACGGAAUGUCACUGGUCAGUAUGGCCUUCAUGCUGACGCCAUUUUUCAACAAGUCUGUGGUUGCCGGGGCAGUGGCAACCAUAGCAACCAUUCUGUUGGGCGCUGUCUACAUACCGAUUGGUUUCGUCACCAAUGAUGGUGUGUCAUUUGAUGCCGUAUACAGGUUUUUGCUGUCGUUCUUCUCGCCACUAGCAGUUGCAUUCGCCAUGGACCAGACUAUUUUCUUUGAGCUGCAAGGACCUGGACUCCAGUUUGAUAACGUACUGACAGGCCUGGGUGGGUUCCCUCCAUACAUUGCCAUGCUGGUCAUAGACAUGGUGCUGUAUCUACUGCUUGCCAUCUACUUUGACAACGUCAUACCAGGAAACUAUGGCCAGCAGAAGCCCCCUUGGUUCUGCUUCAUGCCGUCUUACUGGUGCGGAAACCCCAAGAAUGGUGUUGCAAGCAAUGAUGUGGAGUCGAUUGAGAUGCAUAGCCAGGCAGAUGUAGAGCCAGUGUCGUCCGAAAUGAGAGCCAGUGCUGGCAUCAGGAUUCGCAACUUGUCCAAGACGUUUCACCGUGGAGGGAAAGAACAAGACGUUUUUGCUGUGAGAGAAAUGAGCCUGGACGUCUACGAGGGCCAGAUCACCUGCCUCCUGGGCCACAACGGGGCCGGUAAGACCACCCUGAUCAACACCCUGACUGGCCUGAUAACGGCCGACAACGGCCAGGCCACCAUCUGUGGCUACAGCAUCCGGGAUCCCAUACAGAUGCAGAAGAUCCGGUCCAUGAUGGGGGUGUGUCCCCAGGACAACACGCUGUUUGACGUCUUGUCAGCACGGGAACACCUCCAGGUGUACGCCGGACUGAAGGGGGUACCGCGCCGUGACAUUAAGGCGGAGGUGGACAAGAUCUUGAAACUCACCAUGCUUGACGAGUCGGCCAACACCAAGUCUAAAGAUCUCAGCGGGGGACAGAAACGCAAACUCUGCGUCGGAAUCGCUCUCAUUGGUGACCCAAAGAUUCUGUUUCUUGAUGAGCCGAGUAGCGGCAUGGACCCGUACUCUCGCCGGCAGAUGUGGUCGCUCCUGAAGAACCAGCGACAGGGACGGAUCGUGGUGCUCACCACUCACUUCAUGGAUGAGGCAGACAUCUUGGCAGAUCGUAAAGCUGUGAUGUCACGUGGAAGACUGCGUUGCUAUGGUUCCUCUCUUUUCUUAAAGAGUCGAUUUGGCGUUGGAUACCAUCUUGGCAUGGUUGUGGAGCAGAAUGCACAUGUGGAUAGCGUUACGGAUCUGGUGAUGGAACACGUUCCCAACAGUCAGGUGUCCCGUAGUCACGGCAUGGAAUUAUCCUACACACUCCCACUGCAGGAAGCCCACAGAUUCCAAGAUCUUUUCAAAGCUCUGGAAAAUCACACCUCAAAAUCAGAUCAAUCGGUUGCCAAGGAACUAGGGAUCCAGUCAUACGGAGUCUCCAUGACAACGCUUGAGGAAGUCUUCCUGAAACUGAAUGAUGAGGAGGACGUGGACGAACGCGACAUGACAAACAGCGUGUCAGAUUUGGACAGUCCCAAAGGGAGGGUUAACGGCGUGGAGUCAAGGACCCUAGAUGUGGAGGCCACAAUCACACAGCCUCUCCAGCCAGGCAGCUACCAGAUCCAAGCACUUUGCAAAGUCCAGUUCCUGCAGAUGUGGCGAAAUCCCAGGACCUAUGUAGUGCGUCUUCUCCUACCGAUUAUCCUCAUGGUGGUUUCAGCUGUCCUGGUAGCCACCGUCUCAUUGGACUAUGUCAAUACUGGCGAGACACCUCCUGUCACCAUAGAUCCCAAGAUGUACGUGGAGAAGACUUCCGGUUAUCAGUCUGAUAGAGUCAAUCCUCUCCUGUACGUUGACAACUUGACAGCACCCGAGGAUGUCUCUGUGUUGACGAAAGAAUUUGGGCGCAUGGGACUGCGCAUCAGCGACGAACUCGAUGACCUGAGCAAAGUGAUGUCUGUGGCACCACACAACUUGGCCACAGUCCCUACCAACUUGGGCACAAGUGGUGCAACGCCCAAACUGCUGGUUGCAUACAACGGCACAGCGAUCCACUCCAUCCCGGUAAUGAUCAGCAUUCUCGGCAAUGCGCUAAACAACAUCCUAACGACAAGCACGCGGAUUUUGGACAUGACCUUCGUGAACCAUCCCUUGCCAACGGAAGCGUACUCCUACCGUCAUAUGAACGCCGGCGUCUUCAUGGUGGCGUUCAUACCCAUAGGGUUGACACUACUUCCGUCAGGGUUUCUCACAAAUAUUGUCAGGGAGCGACAGGAGAAAAUCCGCACUCAGCUGCGAGUGUCCGGCGUCUCAAUGUUCAGCUACUGGUUGUCGCAUUUCCUGAUUGACUCCGCUCAGAUGUUCUUGAUGAUCAUCGUCGCCAUCAUCAUCAGCUUGAUUACUGGUUUCUCCACCGGUGGAAUGGCGCUGAGUACCGGCGGGGGAAUGGCCGCAUUCAUCCUCUUCGCGAUCCCUUGGGUUCCCUUGUCUGUGCUGUUCUCCUACUGUCUGAGCUUCAUGUUCUCGGAAGUUAGGACGAGUCAGAUAGUGGCUCAGAUACUUUACAUAUUUUUGCCAGUGGCUUUGGUAGUAGCCGCCCUCUUUGUUGAUUUACUUCCAAAACCUAAUGGAGAUUAUAAUCCCGACAUUCCACACCCCGACGCAAGCCUAAUGCAUCAGAUCUUCAGUUUCUUCUAUCCUCCGUACACCAUCUUUGGGUUACUCUACUUCAGUGAUAAGGUCUAUCAAACGGCCUACAAGAAGGAAGAGGUAGAUAAGCUUCAGUUUGGAGUUUUCUUUGAAAUGAUCAACAAUGUCCUUCCCGCCAUACUGUGCACUUUGGGUUCUCUGGUGGUAGUGAUCUGUCUGCUUCGUGUUCUGGAAGUCAUGUCCACGGGAGGCCGUCUGAUAGAUGCUAUCAUGUUUUGGGCAAAGCCGAAACCUGAACAUUUGCCUCAGAACGAUGACUUCAUCGAAGACGAAGACUCGGAUGUGAAGGCAGAGAGAGAUAAAGUCCGCGGGAUAUUUCACCAGAGUUCAUUUCGGUCUCCGAAUCAUGCCCAAACUGCUGGGAAUUGUGUCGUGGCCGCCUCCAGCAUACGCAAAGUGUUCCACAAGAGACGCUGCUGCUGUCGACCCGGAGAGGACAAAGUGGCCGUGCGUAACCUGUCGCUGAGCGUGAAUGAAGGCCAGGUGCUGGGCCUACUCGGACCCAACGGAGCUGGCAAAACCACCUCCAUGAACGUCAUCACGGCCGACACCAAGCCUGCUAGGGGACAGAUCCAAAUUGCCGGCCACGACCUCGCGUCAUCCCUGACCGAAGCGUUCCGCGUCAUAGGUUACUGCCCGCAGCAUGAUCCGCUGUACGAGAACCUGACGGUGCGCGAGCAUCUCGAGGCCUAUGCACUCAUCAAAGGCGUCCAUCCGACUGAUGCCAAGGCUGUAGCCAAGUCUUUCAUGGAUGCGGUCGGCAUCAGCGAGCAUGCUAAGAAAAAGGCAAAGGAGUUAUCUGGAGGAACCAAGAGGAAGCUGUGCUUCGCUAUCAGCAUGCUUGGAAAGCCCAAAAUUGUGUUUUUGGACGAACCAUCGACUGGCAUGGAUCCAAGCUCCAAGCGGUUUGUCUGGAACAUCAUCAUUUCCAGUUUCCGUGGCGACCAGGGAGCCAUCUUGACGACACAUUCCAUGGAGGAAGCGGACGCUGUGUGCUCUCGGGUUGGAAUCAUGGUCCUUGGAAAGUUGAUGUGUCUCGGUACAACUCAGCAUCUGAAGGGCAAGUACGGCCGUGGCUACAGCCUGGAAGUCAAGCUCAACCCGGGCCCAGCUUACUACUCCAUGGACCACACCAGCGGCCAGGCAGUCCAGCUACUGGAGGGACUCUUGGCGUCGCUGGACAACCAGAUCAGGAAGGUCUUCCCCAGCGCUGAGGUCAUGGAGAGCUUCGGGGAGCGUGUGACGUACAAGAUCCCCAGCAGAGACGUUAAGUCGCUGUCUACGGUCUUUGCUGUGCUUGAACAAGGCAAAGAGUCACUGAACAUCGAGGAAUACAGCUUCAGCCAGGCUUCUCUUGAACAGGUGUUCCUUGAGUUUGCCAGGAUGCAGUCUGGAGAAGACCAGAAUAUCUCGCCUACCCAUCAUGCGGGAAUGACCUCGCCUACCCAUCAUGCCGGAAUGACAAACAGCGCAUUCGAUCUUGGUGAAAACAGUCAUCCGGUCAACAUGCAGCCAAAUUGGCCUACAGAACCACCUCCCUACAGCGCUGCAGUAGAGGUAUAGAGUUUGUUCUCGUAACGGACUUUCAACAAUUUCCAGGUUUUAUUUUAAUGAAAUUAAAAAUUCUUUGUUUCUGUUUUGGGCAUUUGCUUCCCUCCGUUAAAAGUUGUUUUUUUUUAUUUGCUGUGCAUUGUAUGCUGGAGAAGCAUGGAGCGUCAAGCUAGGCCAGGCCCAUGGGCGGAUCCAGAACACAAUUUUUGGGGGGCCAAAAAAAAAAUUUGGUGCCCCAAAAAGUGGGGCCAAAAAAUUACGGCAAGGGGUUCGAGGCCCGCUUAAAAGCCCCUAAAAUAAUUUGGAUUCUAGAUGCUCUGUGGUACGAUCUGAGGCAAUUUCUGACCUUUUUUAACCCAUUUUUUUGUUGAGGAAAAGGGUGUGGUGUAUGCAGUGACUGUCACUUAAAAAAACA